GCACUGAAAAGUUAUUUGCAGGGGAGUUAUCAUUAUUUACAGAUUUUGAAUGGGAAAUAUUAUAUUCGAACUGACAUAGAAGUUACGCCCUUGUAAUACGUUCAUAAUCCAUACAGUACAUGUUUUAUGAACAUAAGAAUGUAUUUAGAGAAGCGGUAUUACACGCAAAGCUUUCACCAUCGAUUCCCAUGUCAAAUAUGCAAAUGAGCUCCCGAGUCCCGGCAUGGAGGAGAUCUUGCAACAUAAGUGUAGAGAAGAGGAUGAUUUCUAUAAAAUUCUGAACUGUAGCGAACAUUCAUCGACAGAACAAAUAAAUACAGAGUACAAGAUCCUUGCAUUAGAAUGUCAUCCCGAUAAAAACCCUGCUGACCAUACUGCAGUUGAAAAAUUUGCAAGACUUCAAAAAGCCAAGGAGGUGUUAAGUGAUCAGGAAAUGAGGAAAAAAUAUGAUAAGUGGAAGAAUUCUGGGAUUGCAAUGUCGUACGACCAAUGGAGUGGUUUACGUGACUCUGUCCAUACUUCCAUGCACUGGGCAUCAGUAAAACCACAGCCCAUGUUGGAUCACCCCGAACACAGGAUAAAAAGACCAACCCAGCGAUCCGACACUCAUGGAAGUGUCCCUGUCAGUACCACGUCAACUUCAUACCAGUUAGCCACAAAGGAAGCCUCCUCACCCCCAUGGGAGAGGGAUGCAGCCUCUACUACUUUGUCCAAGUUCAGAAACUAUGAAAUUUGACCAGUGUUUCAUUAAAGGUCGUAACAAUUGCAAGACCGCUGCAGUUUAGAAGGACCAAAGGCUAUAUGUGUUUGAUUCUUAGAGAAAUUUUUGAACUGAUUUCAAACAUCAGUUUGUUCCAUAUUCAUUGCUAAAAAGGGUAUUUUUUGGCUGGCAUCAAUGAAAUAAAUAUGAAAACUAACUUUGAUAGAAAUAGGUGGGUAUUUAAUAAAUGGCCAAAUCAGAAAAUUGCAUAUAUUAAGUAUGAAUGGAAUCCAUCCCUGAAGUAAGGUAUGGAUAAAGUCAUUCAAACCAAGAAUGUAAUGAGCAGGAGACUGCAGGUUUGUUGUAUAGUUUAUGCCAUUGGUUUGAACCUCCUUGUUUCUAUCCCACACCAUGGAUUGAGUGUCUUGCAUACUUUAUAAAUACCUGUUGAAGUCAGCUGUUUUUCUGUGGUCAGUUGGUAAAUGCAGUGCAUAGGAAUUUAUGUGAAAAAAUAAUGAGGCCUAGUACUGACCCUGAGGAUUGUUUCUGGCCUACCUGUACAUGUCCAUCUACAUGCCUGCAUCUGAGAAACAUGGACAGUCUUGGCUCUCUACAUGUACAUUCUGUAGUGUCGAAAGCUCUGAACUUUUAUAACAUAUUUGUCAGUAGUAAGCUCUCCAGGGACUUUCAUUCAAGUAAUGUGACUUACAUUUAUCAAUCAAUCAUCCCUGAUAUACUAGUCCUUAUUGGUAACAAACUUGCAUGUUGCAGCUUUUUACCUAAAUUGGUGACAAAUAAGUCAUUUUUUUCCAUUUGUUCCUGUUUCAAUGUAUUCUAUGUAAUAUAGGCUGUAUGAUAUACCUUAUUUUACUUUAUAAAGACAAGUCUAGUCUUUGGUAGUGUUGAAUGCUAAUAAGAUAAUGGAAUAUUAACAAGUAUUUUAUUAAUAUGAAUAUUUGAUGUAUAAACAGUAAUUAGCAAUAUCAUAAUAGCCAUUACAACCAAGACUGUUUUACUGUCCCUCUGUUCAUGGAAAUCUUCUUCCCAAAUUAUUAGUUGUGCAUUUUUCAUCACAUUUCCUGAAAACUAGUGUCCAACUUUAAUCCUAUUUUCUUGCAACUUAAUUACCAAUGCAGUGUAUUUAUCUCCUACACCAUACUAAUCUUGAAAUUUCAGUGGAGUUACGUCCCUUUGCUUACUUGUGUAGGGUUAUAAUACAACUAUAUAUAUAUAUUCUUUUGAUUCUGAAGCUGUGGACCAAUUGACACCGAUUUUAACUUUAAUGAAGGGGUUAAGUUUUACAUUUUGCUUUUGAUUUUAUGUUUUGUUAUUUAUUUAUUG